AUCACCACACGGAGAGUCCGAGACUUCGAAGCUCGGCCUUUCGCCGCCGCCUUUUCUGCCUCUCCGCAACCCCUGGCGGUGCAUUCCAUCCAGACGCCAUUCUAAUGGAUGCCGUUAGGAUUGUAGCGACGAAGAAUCUGUUUCGAAUUGGGCGGAGGAGCUGGGCCUCUGGGGGGAAGGAAUUAUGGGAUCGCAGUCUAUCGGAAUUGUUGUUUGCUCUUCCUUUGUUACGCUCUGCAUCUUCCACGCUCCCAAAGGUUUGGCGUUUCUAUUAUAUUGUGUUAUCUUGAUGUCAAUUUGUGGUAUCUACGACUAGGAAAACGUCAGGUAGCAGUGCUGGUGAGUUGUGUUUACAUAUUUUUACUCACUGAUUUACCGUGUCGGGAUUGUUGUCUAAUUACAGUAGCCAAUAAGGUGAUAUGGAGUGGGAGUUUGAGAAUUGAACUGCAGUUACAAAUGCCAACAAGAUGAUAUGGAUGACCAAUUGGUGGCACGAGAGUAUGCUAGUUAUGUUGAAUAUGGAUCUAGAUGGAUUUUCAAAUAGUAGAAAAAUUGUCUUUGGUAUUUAGCCUUGGGGAUAGUUUGGUUUUGGGUAUGUGGACUGAAGAUGCUUAUUUGCAUAGAAAAUUAUGAAGUUAUAAACUGAAUUAUAAAUUGGUCGACAAAAUCCUAUGUGAUGCAGACAGAAAUUCAUCAGGAAAGUAAGGUCCUCUCUUUUUCAAUGAGUUUGGGAAUUCUCUGCUAAAUGGUACCGCAAGCCUGAUGGAGUCAAAAUAGGGACAAGGUGUUAAAAACACUUGUGGAGGCAUAGUGACUAGCCAUAACAAACUUCUAUGCAGUACAUCCACAAGAUUGGUUCACAUGUUCUUCGUUAUAAUUUUCAAGUGUUUAUAUUGUGAAAAUAAAAAAAUAUUUCUGAGCUCGUAAUGAUAACAAUAGCCGAACUGUGUACACUUAGAAGAUACCUGAUUUAUUCAAAUUUCUUGAUAAAGUGACUAAUUGAGGAAUUGCCCUAUAUAUUUGAGAUGCUAUGAUUAGUAGUCAAGAUUUUUUGUAGUGUUUGAAACUUCAAGUAGAUUGUUUCAAGUAGUAAAUCAGCUUCGCAGUUGGAAUAUGGUGAAAUAUGUUUAGAUUUUAGAAUUUGGUAGAAGAAUUAAUUGAACAUUUUGUUGGGAAUAAACCCGUUACAAUCUUUUUGUGAUCGUCUCAGAAGCUCUGUUUCACGCUUCUGAGUCCAUACCAAAUGCACAAGUACUUACAAUCAAGAAGGUUUGAGCAGAUAAUCUCAAACUGUCGACUCUAUUGAGUCGAUCCAAGCGCCAAGUAGGUGAGUCGCGGACACCGUGAGUUGUCGAGCAGCGCCCAGUUGCUACCGAGAGUUGUUGACAGGAUGUCAGGAGCUGCAACACGAACUCAAAGUGGAUGCCGAGUCCAGCAGAGCGCUGUCUCCUUAAAACAGAUUCGGCCCCUCCACGGUACUCAGAGGAUUAGGUGGACGUCUGUCUCCUAGGAUAAAACGGCAGGAUCACGAACACAACCGAGCACUGGUUGUCGUGACGAUCUGAACUAGAUCCGAAAACUAUCACGAUUUCGGUUGAGCAAAAGAAAUGCCCAACAAAAAGGAAGGAAACAUACGGAUUCAAAGAGGAAGGAAAGAGCACAUGUACACAAAGCUUAGUUUUCCACACGAAACUCACUGAAGCUGUGUUAUUCUUCAUUUCUGUGCUCAAGGUCUUAUAUAGACCUUAUGCAAGCUUGGCUUGCAAGCACAGCAAGCCACGUUGUGACUUGCAUGCUUGCCAGCAAGCCACAACGUGGCUUGCUGUUGGCUGCAAGUUGCCAGCAAGGCCACAACGUGGCUUGCUGGUGGCUGCAAGCAAGCCACGUUGUGGCUUGCAUGCAAGUCACUUGGCUUGCAAGCUUGCUUGUCAUGUGGCCUUGCUUGUCAUGUGGCACAAGUAAGCGUGCCACGUGGUGUGUAAGUAAGCUGGCGACCUUUCUUAUCUUGUAUGUUGGUCAACAAGUUGUCUGACUGAUGUAACAAACAAUGGAGUUCACAAAAAUACCCCUCGGGUUGAUGUCAUCCGGGCCCUGGAUUUCCAACCCCCUUUGUUCCGAAUCAGUCGGAAAGCCUUGCUUUCAAUCAUUGUGGGACUACAACCCACACGUCGCGUUUUCAUUCAAUUUUUUCCAACACAUUUCAAAUUAAAGAAAGUGUAAACUUUGUGCACUUAAAAGGAGGAGACAUCAAAGAUUAUUCAUAUUUGUCAUAGAUUUGCUCUUCUAUAUCCGGCCACAUGUAUGUUUACGGGCUUUUCUCACUUUAGGAUUUUAAUCAUGUAUUUAGAAUUAGUUGCCUUGUUUUAAGGAGAAAAGGCGAGAUACAGGAGGAAAUUAAUUCCAGGACCUCAUGCAACAGUCAACACCAUCGAGGGCCUUACUAAUCGAGUUAACAACCAUCUUCAAAUUAAUUAUCUAGAAAUGGAAAAAUAAAUAAAUUUGAGCAGUAAUGCUUAUGUUUGAUGAAGAGAAUUUCAUUUAUUAAAGUAUUUAUGGUCUUUUAAAAGUUUUUUUGCUAAAAAAGUUUGCAGGAGUGAGAUGUUGCUUAUUAAGUUAUCUUUUUUGAAGUUGCUAAAAAUAAUGCUUAACAUAUCUUUCUUAACAAAGAAAUGUCACAUCCUCGACACCCAGAUAUUUCAACAAUCGGGACCUACAUAAAUUUAAUCCAGACCACUUGUGCUUGCUUGCAUAUUUAUUACAAGUAAUAAAAAACAAUUAUGAUGUAGUUUGUGUUAUAUGACAUGUUAUCUCUGCCUCUAGAUUAUACAUUUUACCGUGCAAUGAGAAAUUAUUUUUAAAUCUGGAUUAUGAGUGGUAUAUGCCUUGAUCUCAGAAAAGAAAUUUGCCAAAAUUUUUUCAUUUUGUUCCUAUGGUUUUCACUAAGUCUAAUAUUUAACAAACUUUCUUCUCUGUCAUGGCUCUUUUCUGAUCAGAACCAGAAGACAAGAUAUUAACAAUGCUACUAUCAAUCAUGAUUAGUAAAUUAUCUGUUCUUCUAGAGCUAGAAUCAACAGAGUUACUUGACUUUUCACUCUUAAACAUGUUUUAGUAGUACUAAAACUGUAAUUACAACUUUCUUCAUUCUCCUUUUAAUUUUUAUCAAGAUUCUAUUUAGGGAACUGUUCACUGAAGAGCUCUGCCAUUCUUGUUGUCAUUUGACAUAUCUGUUUCCACUGUUGACACACCGAUCUUUGUUGUUUUUUGUCGUACUUGCUGAUGGUGCUGGAUUCUUGAUAGUGAGUGCAUUUUAUGGGCAACAAAUUUACCCAUAGGAUUGUCUGGUUCCUACCUGUGCAUUUCUAGCUUCUUCCCCCAACAGGACUGCUAGUGCUAGAUUGGACAAGAGAGUUGGCACGAAGAUGAUGGGAAGCAUAUGUGCACAUGAGAUUAGUUGUCACUAUGAUGGGUGACCUAUCUUGUCUUUUGUUCUUCUCUUGUCUUGGGGCGUAGAGUGCGUACCUACACAUUUGGAAGCUAGUUGAUUUGGGCAGGUGGUCUUUGGCUGUAUGCAACAGUGAAGGAUUAUAGGACGGAGAAGAAUCACAUAUCACAUUAUGAAUCCUCAAGAGGAAAGAAUAUAUGCCUUCGAUCUCAGAAACUAUGGACCCACAUGAUGAUGUUUCUGAUAAGAACAAUGAUCCUUCAGAAGAUUUGGAACAUAUAAAUAUUUAUGGUUUCGUGAUCUUGGAGCUUCUAUGCUAGCCAACAGCGGACACUCACUGCCUUCUCUGUGUGGCCUACUAAAUCUCAUCCAACCCCUCCACUGUCUUUUUCCCAGAUCAUUUAUGUCCAUGAGACCUUUGAGAACAACAAGAAGGGAAACAGGGGAGGGGAGGGGAGGGGAGGCCAAUAUGGAGUUCUGGACUUCUCUGGCUUCUCUCAUGGGAGUUUUUGCCUUCUUCCAGAGCAUCCUACACGCCGUGUUUCCGCUGGAGCUGCGCUUCGCAGCGGUAAAGAUCUUCCACCGCGUGUUCUGCUGUUUUUCCACGUACUGCUACUUCGACAUCACCGAGAUGGACGGCGUGAACACCAACGAGCUCUACCACGCCGUGCAGCUCUACCUCAGCCGGUCCGCCUCCAUUGCCGCCUCCCGGCUCAGCCUCUCCCGCGGCCUCAACUCUUCUGCCUUCACCUUCGGGCUCACCAACAACGACCGGCUCGUGGACACCUUCCGAGGCGCCAUCGCCACAUGGGAGCACGCCGUCACACAGCGCCAGUCGCAGUCCUUCUCCUGGCGACCGCUACCGGAGGAGAAACGUAGCUUCACGCUUCGGAUCAAGAAGAAGGACAAGGCCAUUAUCCUUCCGGCCUACCUCGACCACAUCAUGGAGACGGCCAACGAGCUCCGCCGCCGGAACCAGGAUCGGCUACUGUACACCAAUUCGCGCGGCGGGUCAAUGGAGUCCCGCGGCUUCCCGUGGGAAUCUGUACCCUUCAAGCACCCCAGCACAUUCGAAACCCUCGCCAUGGACCCCUCCCGGAAGGAGCUCAUCAUGGCCGACCUCACGGAUUUCGCGGAAGGGAAGACCUUCUAUGAGAAGAGAGGCCGCGCGUGGAAGCGUGGCUACUUACUCUACGGCCCGCCGGGCACUGGAAAGUCGAGCAUGAUCGCCGCCAUGGCAAAUUACCUCGGCUACGACAUCUACGAUCUCGAGCUCACCGAGGUUCACACCAACUCCGAGCUCCGAAAACUCCUGAUGAAAACCACCUCCAAAUCGAUCAUCGUCAUUGAAGACAUUGACUGCUCUCUCAACCUCACGAACCGGAUUUCAAAGAAGGCAUCUCCUUCUGCGGAUGCCUCGUCGGACCUGAGGCCGGUGGGCGGAUCAGAGGAUGGCGGCGCCGGCGCCAAGACGAUAACUUUGUCGGGGCUGCUGAAUUUUACCGACGGGCUCUGGUCCUGCUGCGGCAGCGAGCGUAUAUUUGUGUUCACCACCAACCACAUCGAGAAGCUCGACCCGGCGCUGGUGCGGUCGGGGAGGAUGGACAUGCACAUUCACAUGAGCCAUUGCUCGUUUCCGGCAUUGAAGAUCCUCAUGACGAACUACUUGGGCUUCGACGACAGAGAGUUCGAUGACAAGACGGAGACCAGUGACUUAAUGAGAGAAUUGGCAGAUGUGAUCGACGACGCCGAGAUGACUCCGGCCGAUGUUAGCGAGGUCUUGAUCAAGAACCGACGGAGGGAGAAGGAAGCGGCGGCAGGGGAGCUGCUCGACGUUCUGAAGGAACGGGUGGAGAAGAGGAAGAAAAAAAAGCCGACCGGCGAGGAAAUGGAGGAAGAAGAGCAGGAAAAGAGGGCGUUGGAGAGCACCUCGAGUGAGAGUGAUCAGAUGAUGGAUAGCUGCGAUGGGAAAGAAGAUAAGGGGGAGGGGGAGCAGGUUUAGUUCGCCGUCGAUGUCUUCCGUUGUCGUGCUUAUCGAAUGCUGCUGCUAUUAGUCCUUAAUCUCUCGUUGAUUAAAUUAAACGCAGCAAUCUUUUGUUUUUAA